AUGAGUCCCAAGCGCCAGUCUUCCCCGACCACCCCCCGGGCCUGUCAAUUCUGUCGCGUCCGCAAGAUCCGUUGUGACAACGAGAAACCCACCUGUGGCUCCUGUCAGCGUCAUGAUCGACAGUGUGUCUAUGUGGUCGACCCACCCCGCCAGAGGCCGUCGCGAGCUCUCAUUAAUGCCGCUCACCGCCAGAGGCGUGCGGCGGAAAAUGUGAUCAUUGCUCUGAAAAAGGCUGAUUCGGUUGCUCGAACUGCUACUCUGGAUUCGAUCCAUGUCAAGGACGGCGUCCUGCAAUUGCCGGCAUCAUUGGCCGGCCUCGGUGCCAAUAUCAACGACCCUCCGGUCUCCCAACCCACCCAAGCCUCGGACAAUAGCUCAAAUGUGUACAGUACGCCCAAUGAUGAAUUGAAUGAUAGUAGCUCCGAAGACGAGGACUACGAUCCCACCACCUUUCUCUCCCGCGAUGAAUGCGGCACCGUCGGCAUCUUUGGUCCGUCGUCGGCGUUGCAUGCCCGGAGCCCCCUGGGCCUAGCCAACAGUGCCAACUCACGACCUGCCGCAGAGCCGGAUCGAUACCAGCUUAUCGCCGAGGCUGCCCUCCAGCGCCAACGUGAACCUGAUCUGCGACGUCUGCCGACCAUUGGAGGGAUACCGUCUGAGUUGGCUCUGCAUCUGCUCGAUCUGCACUGGAACCGGCAGCAUCACACAUUUCUACUGACCUAUCGCCCCGCCUUCAUGCGUGACCUCGUCACUGGCGGCCCGUACUGCUCAGACUUUCUGCUUAAUGCCGUCUUCGCUUGUUCGAGCAAGUUCUCCACCCGUGUUGAGGUGCGGGAAGAUCCGCAACGGCCCGAAUCGGCUGGCAAACGGUUCUUCGACCGCUGUGAUCAAUUGCUGGCAGAACAGUCGCUCUUGACUCAUUCGAGCAUCCCGACCAUUGCCGGUUUGAUCAUGCUUGGUAGUACCUUCAAUGCCCGGGGACAGACUUCCAAAGGCUGGCUCUAUACGGGAUUCGCCCUGCGCAUGGUAUACGACCUUGGCCUGCAUCUGGAUUGCAAGGAGGUUGCUGCCAGUGCAGAGGAUAUCGAGGUUCGACGCCGGGUCUUUUGGGCGGCCUUUAUAUGUGAUAAACUACAGAGUUUGUACUUCGGACGUCCCUUUACGAUUCAGCUGCGUGAUGCACAUGUGUCGCGAGACUUUAUGGAUACCUUUGAAGAGAACGAGUUGUGGAUGCCAUAUAUCGAUCCCCUGAAACCAGACAGUACUGCUCGUUCUCACGUCCCCACGCGCAUCUACUCCGUGACCGUUUUUCAGCAGCUAUGUUCCCUGUCCAAGAUCAUGACCAGCAUUAUAGACCGCUUUUACAUGGCUGGUGCCACUGGAAGCAAGACUCGCAAGCAUCUGGAACUCAUUGACCGUCGUCUGGAAGCUUGGUAUCGUAAAUUGCCGGCAGAGCUGCAGUUUGAGCCCUGGGCAGAUGAUGGCCAGUCGCCGCACGCCACUGUAGCACCCAAUGUCAUUAUCUUGCUAACUACCUACAACGCACUUAUUAUCUUACUCCAUCGUCCGUUCAUGGGUAGCGGGCAUCUGCGCUCCGAUGAUCCGCCCGCGGACUCCUGGGAGCGUUGUGUCACAGCUGCUCGCAACAUCACAAGCUUGGCGCUGGCCUAUCGAUCAGCCUACUCGCUACGCCGAGCCAACUACAUGCUCAGCUACGCGAUCUAUGUAGCCUGCACCAUCCAUGCGCGCAAUCCAGCUAUUCGGGAAAGCACACGUCGGAAAGAGGCAUCGUCCCCGCUAACAGUGUGUCUGCGUUGUCUGGACGAGCUGGCCAUCCCUAACUGUGGCGUAUCGGCGCCAUCUAAGAUUAUUCGCCGGCUCAUGGAGGCCAACGGCAUGUCCAUCCAAACUGGAUGUGACCCGGCUAUUCAAGACCCAUUCCAGGUAGACAUCAACUUAGACUUUCAAACCUUUCCCGGUCUGGACUUCAGUCCUGCGCGACUGGAUCAUGCCAAUCAGAUAUCUGGCUUCCAGGACUUCAAUCAGGACCUGGACCUGUUGUUCGGGUUCAUGAACGAGCCCGAUGUGUCCAUAUCCUCCAUGUUCACCGGGGUUGUACCCUAUUAG